GCACCAUCGUUAAACAGACUUGGAAGGCAUCACAUCAGUUAAGCUGCCUCUCUCUUUUCAACCAUGAAGAAUUUUUCAUUACCUUGGCAAGAAAAGGCAUAUCAGACAGAAAGCAUUUUUCAGGACAGUAAGUCAAAUAUGAGUAAUAAAACUAAUUUUAUUAGUAGGUCUGAGCGAGAUGAACAGUUAGCUCAUAUAGAGAUUUCUGUUCUGAGUGUCAUAUUCCUAGCAGCGUCUGUUGGAAACAUCACUCUUAUUUUGGUUUUGUGGCAAAGAAGGAAAAAGUUGUCUCGGAUGUAUGUUUUUAUGCUUCAUUUAAGCUUAGCUGAUUUAGUUGUGGCAUUUUUUCAAGUUCUCCCACAACUGAUUUGGGAUAUUACGGAUGUCUUCAUUGGCCCAGACCCUGUAUGUAGGAUCAUUAAAUAUUUGCAACUGGUUGGCAUGUUUGCCUCUACAUAUAUGAUAGUUACCAUGACAGUGGACAGGUUUCAAGCAAUAUGCUACCCCAUGGUUAGUUUCCAGAAGAAGCGAGCUCUGUGGAAUGCUUCCAUCUGUACAAGUUGGUCUAUUUCUCUGAUCUUCAGUCUCCCUCAGGUAUUUAUCUUCUCAAAGGUUGAAAUUACUCCAGGUGUUUUUGAAUGUUGGGCUGAAUUUAUUCUACCUUGGGGCCCAAAGGCAUAUGUGACCUGGAUUUUUGUAGUGAUCUUUUUCAUUCCAGUUGCUAUACUUACUGCAUGCCAAAUACAAAUAUGCUACACUAUUAAAAUGAACAUAUAUGUGAAGCAACACAAUGGUCUGGAACUUAGAGAUCAACAUCAAACACUGGCAUCCAGAACGAGUAGCAUUAACUGUAUCUCCAAGGCUAUGAUAAAGACUGUGAAGAUGACAGUGGUUACAGUAUGUGCAUACAUUUUGUGUUGGACACCUUUCUUCACUGUGCAGCUGUGGGCUGCUUGGUCUCCCAGUGGCGUGACAGAAGGUCCUGUCUUCACUAUUCUAAUGCUACUUGGAAACCUGAACAGUUGUGCCAACCCUUGGAUAUACAUGUAUUUUUGUGGUCACAUCCCGUAUUGUAUAAAUAAACGAAAAAAUCUUUCUGGGCAAGAAGAAUCUGCAAUUACUGCCAGCAUCAAUUUGGGAGACAAAGGUUGUGAAGAAAGAGGCACUUUUGUGUAA